UGUUGGGGAUGUUGCGCCACGCCAGCGGCUACAGCUCGAGGCCCUUCUGGUGUCCCUCCCUCAACUCCCUCGACGUGCCCAUCCUGACCGCGGCGGACGCACGCGGCCUGGCAGCCGUGUGUGGCUCCAGCCAAGUGCUCCUAUCCACCGCCGGCCCCUUCGCCCGGUACGGCGACGCCGUGCUUGAGGCCGCCCUGCAGGAGCGAACCCACUAUGCCGACAUCACCGGCGAGCUGACCUGGGUGGCGCGCAACGCCCGCCGGCAGGGCCCCGCCGCGGCCGCCGCCGGCGUGAAGCUGGUGCACUGCUGCGGCUACGACUCCGUGCCCAGCGACCUUGGGGCGCUCAUGAUGGCGGACUGGUGCAGCCGCCAGCUGGGCUGCGGUAUCGACACGAUGUACACGCUGGUGACCGAGGGGCUGGGCGGCUUCAGCGGCGGCAGCAUCACCAGCCUUGCGGACAUGCCCGACCAGGAGGCGCAGCUGUGGGGGCCGGCGGCGGCAGCGGGCCCAGGAGCCGGGGCCAGCCGUAGCAGCAGUGGUAGCGGUGGUGCAGGGCCAGGUGGUGAAGGGUCAGCAGGUGGUGGUGGCGAGUGGGCGGCGCUGCAGGCUGAUCCCUACUACCUGGCUGUGGCGCUGGGCGGGUCCCGCGGCUCCGACCGGCCGCCGGGGCUGCAGGCGCGCUACCUGCCCGCCGCCCGCACCUGGGCCGCGCCCUGGCUCAUGGAGGGCAUCAACAGCCGCGUCGUACACGCCAGCAACGCCUUGCUCGCACAGCAGCAGCAACAGCUGCAGCAGCAGCAGCAGCAGCAGCAGUCGGAAUCUGUCAUGGCUGUAGCAGGUUCAGUGGCAGUGGGCGGCGCCACAGGCAGGUAUGCCGGCGCGAGCAGCCAGUCCGCCGGCACGCGGCCGGCGGCGGCGGCGGUUGGCGGGGGCGCGGGCGCGGGUGCGGGUGGCGGCGGUGGCGGCGCGUAUGGGCGAGACUUCAAGUAUGUGGAGAUGCUUGCGAUUGGUGGUCUGGUUGGCGCGAGUCUGAUUAGCGCAGCAAGCCAGUUGGGGGCGGCGGCCGUGGAGCGACCGGAGACGCGGCAGGCCCUGAAGAGCCUUCUGCCCCCCGGCAGCGGCCCUCCGCGGCUGGUGCGGGAGAUGGGGUUCUGGAAGCACGAGCUCGUGGCGGUGACGGAGGAGGCGACACCCAGGGUGGUUCGCGGUGUGUGCGGGGACCGGCGCGACCCCGGCUAUUGGUCCACCAGCCGCAUGCUGCUGGAGACGGGGCUGGCGCUGGCGCUGGACUCACAGCAGCUGGCGGCGGACCCCCGGGUCCUGUCCGGCGGCGUGCUGACGCCCGCGGCGGCGUGCGGGCUGGCGUUACUGGAGCGGCUGCGGCGGGCGGGGUUCAGGUUCGAGGUGACAGGGGUGGAGGGGCUGGCGCCUGCGGCUGCCCGGUAAAAGGCGCGUUGGUGAAGUGUGGUGGGUUGAGGCAUUUCUCAAGGCGAGGUGAUGGCCAGGCGACGGCAAAGUUAGUGCUGGGUUUUAUGUUGGCGUCCAUCCAUGAGGGCUGCAGAGGGGCAAGCGGCUAAGUCUGUAAGGUGGCUGGCUUGGGGCUGGGCGGAACGAAACGUGUAGCGCAUG